AGAGAGACGGUUAAAAACUUCAAGUCAACGGAAAAGCAGUCAAGGAAGUUCCAUGAGGUGGGCAGCGGAAGUGAAGGCGGAGCUUGGCGUCUCCUGCAAGGAAAUUUCAUUUCCUUCACACCCACCCACCCGCGGUCGUCCUUUCCUCUCCCCGCGAGUGGGAAGCAGAUGGGAAUAUAAAGGAGAAAUAGUUACACGAAAAAGAACAGAGGAAGAAAAUGUUAACGCUCCGUUCAAUUCCUAGCUGCUCUGAACUUCUUAUGUUGUAGUCAUAUGGUCUUGGUAUGAGAAGACGAAGAGUCGGAGACGACAAGCACUUCAGGUUUUAGUUGCUUUGGUACGGCCAGACUCGAGUUGGUAAGAAAGUAGUUUGUUGGUGGGGCUUCCUUGGAGAGUUAGAACAUGGCUGCCAGUGAAAAGGAAGAUAUUCCAAUGCUGAGAGACGCUCGUUUUCAGUCCUCAGAUAAGAGCUCCGGUGUUGAGCUUCGUCGAUCGAAUUACAGUAGAAGCACAUCAAUGUUAGCACUCCAAAGCGCAACAAAUAUGUCCUUUUAUGAAGAUGAACGCAAUCUAGUGUCCCACACGGCCCCUCUGAGGAAUGAGAAAAGAGCUCCACUUGUACCUAAUAGCGGUCCUUUAUUCUCAAAUGGAAGAUCUGAAAUUUUUUUACCUUUCAGUGGUCCGUUGUAUACCAACAGUAGACCAGAAAAUUCAGUUAUCCAUAUGAAUAGAUUGUUAAGCGGUGUCCUUCCUGCAAUUAGGUCGGAGGAGUAUCCUGAAGUUAAUGGAGUAUCUAACAAAGAUGAUACAGAAGAUGGUUUUGCUGGGAGGAAUGAACAUUUAAUGAAGUCUGGAUUGCUGGGAAGAUGCAAUGAUCCAUUCUGCACCACAUGCCCGAUAUAUUUUGACAAUCCACCCAAGCGUAAAUAUUCCACGGCUUCGUCUGUUUUUGAUGCCAAGCUUCAUAGUGCUUAUGGGGAUGCAAAAGAUUGGGUGACAAGAUCUAUAUCUUUCUUUCGUUCAUAUAUUCCUGGAGUCAUAAAUCCUCAUGCCAAGGUCGUCCAGCAGUGGAACAAAUUUUUUGUGAUUUCAUGCUUGGUUGCUAUAUUUAUAGACCCAUUAUUCUUCUUUUUGUUGUCUGCACGGCAGGAUCACAAAUGUAUAGUUCUUGAUUGGACCUUGGCAACAGUAAUUGCAUGUGUGAGGAGUGUGACCGAUUUCAUUUAUUUUCUACACAUGCUUCUUCAGUUCAGAUUGGCAUAUGUUGCUCCAGAAUCUCGGUUGGUGGGUGCUGGAGACUUAGUUGAUCACCCAAAAAAGAUUGCUCGUCAUUACCUCCACAGCCGGUUCUUCUGGAUUGAUCUCUUUGUUGUGCUUCCACUACCACAGAUUUUGAUUCUGGGGGUCUUGCCAAAGUAUGUUCAACCUGGAUCAGCCAACUAUGCGAAGAAUAUGUUAAGAGCAGUGAUUCUUCUUCAAUACGUGCCAAGGAUGUCUAGGUUUAUUCCCCUGCUUGCUGGACAGUCUCCAAAUGGGUUCCUAUUUGAGACAGCGUGGGCUAAUUUUGUUAUUAAUCUGUUCAUUUUUGUACUGGCUGGUCAUGUGGUUGGCUCUUGCUGGUACCUGUUUGGAUUGCAGAGGGUUAACCAAUGCCUCCGGGAUGCUUGCAAAGAUUCUAAAAUAGCUGGUUGUCCUACCUUUAUUGAUUGUGGACGUAGCAACAACAACAUUGAUGAGUACACUGAUAAUUCAGAUUGGAAAAGUUGGAAUGGAAGUUCUUUUGCAAUUAACUGUUUUGAUAUUAAGAGCGGUUCUUUUCAAUAUGGAAUAUAUGGGACUGUUGUUAGUAUUACUACACAGGGCAGUAUAAUCACGAGAUAUAUUUACUCUUUAUUUUGGGGUUUUCAGCAAAUUAGCACUUUAGCUGGAAACCAAACCCCCAGCUCAUUCGUGGGAGAAGUUCUUUUCACUAUGGCAAUAAUUGGACUUGGCCUUCUGCUAUUUGCAUUGCUAAUUGGAAAUAUGCAAAAUUUUCUCCAAGGUCUGGGUCGAAGGAGACUAGAAAUGCAACUGAGGCGUCGUGAUGUCGAGCAGUGGAUGAGCCAUCGGCGCUUACCAGAGCAAUUGAGAAGACGAGUACGAAAAUCUGAAAGGUUCAACUGGGCAGCAACACGUGGUGUAAAUGAAGAACAGCUUAUUGAAAAUCUGCCAGAGGAUCUUCAAAGAGAUAUACGCCAGCAUCUUUUUAAAUUUAUCAAAGAGGUUCGGAUUUUCACAUUAAUGGAUGAUGAUAUCUUGGAUGCAAUUUGCGAAAGGCUUAGGCAGAAACUGUACAUAGAGGGAAGUCAAAUUCUGCGUUGUGGUUCUGUGAUUGAGCAGAUGUUUUUCAUUGUCCGUGGGAAAUUAGAGGUUACAUGGGAAGAAUCAGGAUACAGUGUUCCCCUCUCGGAAGGAGAUGUUUUUGGUGAAGAGCUCCUCACAUGGUGUCUUGAGCAAACAUCAGUGGAUAGAGAUGUAAGGAAAAUCAGGUCUACAGGGCACAGGUUGUUUUCAAGCAGGACUGUGACCUGUCUUUCUAACGUGGAGGCUUUUUCCCUGCAUGUUAAUGAUUUGGAGGAAGUGACUGCCCUUUUUGCAAGGCUUCUUCGCAAUCCUCGAGUACAAAGAGCAUUAAGGUAUCAAUCCCCAUAUUGGAGAGCCCUGGCAGCUACCCAUAUUCAAGUUGCAUGGCGGUACCGGAAGCGGCGACAAUCUGCUCGUCUCAAUAGUUCUCUUGCCUUCCAUUGUGCAUGAACUUAAUCAAUCUUUUUAGAGAGGGAUGUCCUAUGAAAACUUUUAUGCUCUCUUCCUAACAUUGGUAACUUUUUGCCUCUUCAAAAUAUUUUGGGAGGGAGUUGUAUAAAUCAUCGUGCUUAUGUUUGAUUGUUUUUAAUGUAAUUGUGCCUCCCACCUGUAACCCUGUUAUAAUCCGCUGUGAAGAAGCAAGGAGCUCCAACUGUUAGUAUUAGCAAAAAAAAGAAGCUCUGUGGGCUGUAUUAGGAUGAAGCCUUUAAUUCUUCCAUUCAGUAUUUUUUCUCUUUAGAAAAUUGUACAACAACGUGGUCUACUUUCGGGUUUGAAUUUGUCACGUUUAACUGCCUUGAUGUACAUAAAAAAGGACACAUUUGAAAUGAAAGAAAUUCAAAUUUGAGCA